CUCAAAAAGCUCUGCUUUCAUUCAUGAAAUUUCAGAGGGAGGCCAAGGCCGUCCGUGGGAAGAAGAAGACACAAAAACGAAGUGAUUGAUUUCGAAUCAGCAAAAGAGAAGAAGGAUCUGUGUGGUGGGUAAAGUGUAGAAAAUGUCGAUGGGAAGCGACACGACAUGGGUCGGCAAGAAACCUCUCAGACGACUCGGUGGCAUGUCCGAUGCUCUCUCCAUCGCCGCUGAGCUUGGCUUCUCUGUUCCCCCUCCACCUUCCCAGGAGGAGUUCCAAAACUUAACAAGUGGGGCUGGCGAAAAGGGUGAUGACUUGAUAAGGGUUUUGAGAGAGCUUACCACUGUACAGAGAAAAAUUGCUGAUCUGCAAGUAGAACUUCAAGGUCGAAAGGAGGAUAAGAAUGUUGCUCAUCUGACUCAUGUGAGUGAAAUGGAAAAGAAGAUUGACACUUUGGCAAGGAUCACUGCCAUAUUGAAAGAUGUUAUUCAGAACAAGGAUCGCAUUAUUGCUCGUCUUCAACAACCAUAUUCGUUAGAUUGUAUUCCAGUGGAAGCAGAAUAUCAGAAACAAUUUUCGGAGUUACUGAUGAAGGCUGCAAGUGAUUACGGUGCCUUGACAGCAUCUGUUGGAGAUUUCCAGUGGAGUCAGAACUUCAAGGAACCACCAUCAGUAUGGGGGGAAAUGCUCCGUCCAAUACCUGUUGCUUUGGCGUCGUGCACCCGAUUUUUUGAAGCCAUGUCUGCUAUGAGGGAAUCAUUUGCCACACUUCAAAAUCUGAGAGUGGGUUAUUCCUCUUAUCCCUUGUCCACUACACCAGCCCAGGAUUCUUCUCAAAGUAUGCAGGAAAAUUCUGAAUGUGUUACUCCACCUCCUUGGGGAAAUGAAUCAAGCUUUGAUGAUUUAGCAACCAGAAGCCUCAGAAAGGAAGAUAUUGAGCAUCAUGAAGCAGAGGAUGAACAUAGUGAAGUUGGUGACUCCCAUAUGGUUGACGGCACAAGCCACAGGAGAUUGUCUUGGCCACCUCCGGUGAAAAAAAAUGGUUUGUAAUCAACACUCUGCUGUCUCUUCGUUUUGUUGCAAAAAAUCAAGAGAAAAUAGGUGCUGAAAAUAUAUAUUUGCUUUGCAAUUGCUGCAUUAUGAAUGGUUUCUCGUACUCUGCUAGUCACAUUUUUUGCCACCUUGCAUUUGUGAUAUGGUACCCGUUUUAAUGAAAGACAAUGGUUGCAUUGGCACCAUUUGCAUCUGAAUC